CUCCCAAGAGCAGCAGGGCGGUAGUAAAUAGACGGUGCGCUAGUAUGAGAGGAGAUAAAGAUCACUACUCCUAUGAAAUACUUAUUAUAAAACAGGCCAUUAUUCACAGUGGAACCUUCAGUUGGCUCACUAGUUUUGCUUUUGAGACUAAGCGGACUGUCUCCCAAAAGACACAUUUUACCAAACGAUGAUGCAUUUACGCACGAGACGUUUGGUUAGUGAAAGGCAUUACUUUUCUUUACGCGCGUUGCACAAGUCUGCAUCCAGCGAUGCGCCCCCGCUCACCGUGGCCAGGGAGGAGACCCUUCGCCCGGGUCUGAUCCGACCGGAGACCCUGGAAGAUGUGUCCCGUGUGAAGACUCUCAAGGAGAUGCCCGGACCCAGCACGUUUGGAAAUCUGGUGGAGUUCUUCUUUCGCGACGGUUUUAGCAGAAUCCACGAGAUCCAGAUGGAGCACCGUCAGAAGUACGGAAAGAUUUUCAAGUCCCGCUUCGGCCCCCAGCUGGUGGUGUCCAUCGCUGACCGCGACUUGGUGGCCCAGGUGCUGCGGGCCGAGGGAGCCACCCCCCAGAGGGCAAACAUGGAGUCCUGGAAGGAGUACCGUGACCUAAGGGGCCGCUCAACCGCUCUCAUCUCUGCGGAGGGUGAGGAAUGGCUGAAGAUGCGUAGUGUGUUGCGGCAGCUGAUCAUGCGACCGCAGGACGUGGCCGUGUUCUCAGAGGAUGUGAACCUUGUGGUGGACGACCUGGUUAAGAGGGUCGGCUCCCUACGCAGCCGAUCAUCUGACGGGGAGUCUGUGGUCAACAUCAAUGACCUGUUCUUCCAGUACGCCAUGGAGGGAAUGGCCUCCAUCCUGUAUGAAACUCGUCUGGGCUGUCUGGAGGAGGAGGUGCCAAAAGAUACGCAGGACUACAUCGCUGCUCUGCACCUCAUGUUCAGCUCCUUCAAGACCACCAUGUACGCCGGGGCCAUCCCAAAGUGGCUCCGGCCUGUCCUACCCGGGCCCUGGGAGGACUUCUGCAGCUCCUGGGACGGCCUUUUCAACUUCAGUCAAGUCCAUGUCAGUAAGAGGUUGGAGGAGGUCAGAGGUCAGACAGAGCGGGGGGAGGAGGUGAAGGGGGGUCUCCUUACCCACAUGCUGGUUACCAUGGAGAUGAGCCUGGAGGAGAUCUAUGCCAACGCGACGGAGAUGCUGCUGGCAGGCGUCGACACGACAUCGUUCACCCUGACCUGGGCGGUCUACAUGCUGGCUCUGAACAAGGAGGUGCAGCAGGAGAUCUACGAGGAGGUGCUGGGGGUCCUGGGGCCGGAGGAGACCCCCACCGCCGACCACGUUACUCGCCUCCCCCUCGUCCGAGGCCUCGUUAAGGAGACGCUCAGGCUGUUUCCAGUUCUCCCCGGCAACGGGCGGGUUACCCAGGAUGACUUGGUGGUGGGAGGAUACUUCCUACCUAAAGGGACCCAGCUGGCUCUUUGUCACUACUCCACAUCUAUGGAGGAGGAGAACUUCCCGGACGCCGGAGACUUCCGUCCGGCACGCUGGGUCCGAAAGGACAACACGGACCGCGUGGACAACUUUGGCUCCAUCCCGUUCGGCUACGGCCUCCGCAGCUGCAUCGGCCGCAGGGUAGCGGAGCUUGAGAUGCACUUAGCCCUUGCAAGGCUGAUCCAGAAGUUCAACAUCGACGUGUCCCCACUUCUCUCCUCGGAGGUCAAAGCCAAGACCCAUGGUCUGCUGUGUCCCGCGGCGCCCGUACACAUCCGGUUCAGAGACAGAGACCCCUAGACAGGCUGGAGACAGAGAUAGAUACCUAAAGACAGACACCAUAGACUUAGACCACCUAAAGACAUAGACCCCUUUAGACAUAGUGCAACUAGACCCAGUACCACCUUACAGACAUAAACCCCUUCUAGACAGACCAAAUAAACCCCCUACACACCUAUUCUCUAACAGACAAAACCACCUAGCGGGAGAAACCAAGAGACAUAAACCAGUGGAGGCUCCUCCAGUAAGGAGAGGGAGGAAGAUCCUCCUUAACAUUGUUGAGAAUAAAAAAUGUAAAUUGUCCAGACUACUGUAAUGAAUUAAUGCCCUUAAAUAUCACUACUUUAAUGCCUUUUGUAUAUGUAAUGUUCGUUUCCAUGGGAAAAGGGACAUUAGCACCCCCUGUGGAGCAGCCCGGAGGGAGGGGUUAUCCCCUCACGUCUAGGCUACGACAACCAACUAACCCGCCCAGUGGUAUGCCUCCUUUCCACCGACCGGUGCACUUUUGUUCCUUGCUGUACAGUGCAGCUCUGUUUGCUUAUAUUGGCGUAUCCGUAGCCCGCGGCUCGGCUGCGGAGCCUGCGACCGGGCUGCCCGCGGCCGAGCUGCGGAGCCCGCUAGGAGGAUUGACUUGAUCUAUUAAUGAAGUCCCUCAAUCUUAAUUGGCUUAACACCGUGACCAACAUUCUGAAACAAACAACGAUGUGAAAUAAUGUUCUUGUUCUUUUAAUUGUUUGUUACUCUGACCGUUCUGUUUGAUAUUGCGGAAAGGAUGUUAGUGAAUGAUUCAGAGCAUGAUGCAUUUUAAUUGGCAUCACUUUCAUUUUUCUUAAACAAUUGUAGCUGACAAUAAACAUUGCCAAAUUACAA